UCUAACUCCCAGCGCAGGACCAAGGCGACCUCCUAGACUGCAUGCACGCCCUAAUCUACCGCGCCGCCUUCAAAAACCGCCUGCACCUCUGCCACCUGACCAUCACCCACGCCCGGCCCCUGCGCAUCCUCGACAUCGGGUACGGCACAGGCACCUGGACGGAAGAAAUGGCCAAAAGCUACCCCCAAGCCCGCAUAACCGGUAUUGAUCUCGUGCCCUUCCUCGUCAGCAACUCGGCGCAGUCCAUCCGAAACUUGUCGCCCGUCGACUUCAACACCGACGAGUGGCCCGUCGAGCCCGCGUCGCAGGACCUCAUCCACGCCGCCCAGCUCGCCGGCAGCGUAUCAGAUUGGUCGAAGCUGUAUGCAACCGCAUACAGCCAUCUGCGCCCCGGUACAGGACAGCUCGAACUCAUCGAAAUAGACUGGACGCCGCGCCUGCAACCCUUCACUCCGCUCCUAGAAACCGACAUCGCCGUCCGCGAAUGGUGGGAAGGCGUGUACCUCGCCUCCCAACAAUCAAAUUACCCCAUGUCCCUGCCCCGCAACAUCGACACACUCCUCGAAACCGUGGGCUUCGUCGACAUCGUGCACCGCAAAAUCCAGAUUCCCUUUGCUGGCACGCCGGGCGACGCGUCGCGCUCGAGCAUCUCGGAUUGGUUCCAAUGCAGUGUGGGGUACAAGAUGGCGCCGAACGCUUUUGCCGCGCUGGGGCUGCAUCAUCUCAGUACUGGGCUGGACAUUGGCGAGGUGCAGGCGAGGGGCAUGUGUGCGGAUGCUUUGAGGGGGGCGAAUGCGAGGGGGACGGGCCUGUAUUUUGAUUUGCAUGUGUACACGGCGAGGAAACCGAAUCGGGGGUCGCAGCAGAGGGCAACGGAUAGUCGGAGGGAGCGUUUCAACCGCACGCCAUCGGAUCCGGAAGCAAGACACGAGCGAUGACCAAGCGAGGCAGACAUUGAUCUUUGCUGUGGUGUGGGUAAAGUUGGGGGAUUUCUCAGUUAGCUGUUCGCUCGCCUUGAUAUUUGGCAACAAUGCAAGAUUCUUUUCACUGGCAUAUACAUCUCUUAAAAGCAACAUU